ACGCGGCCCGGGCGCGCGGCCGGCGGCGGUUGGCGGCGCGUGGGGCCGGCGGGCGGUUGCCGUGGGCAGGACCCGAGUGCAGGCGGCUGGAGCCGGCGCCAUGGUGGAGAAGGAAGAGGCCAGCGGCGGCAUCAGCGAGGAGGAGGCGGCGCAGUAUGACCGGCAGAUCCGUCUGUGGGGAUUGGAGGCCCAGAAACGGCUGCGGGCCUCGCGGGUGCUUCUUGUCGGCAUGAAAGGACUCGGGGCUGAAAUUGCCAAGAAUCUCAUUCUGGCGGGAGUGAAAGGACUGACCAUGUUGGAUCCUGAACAGGUAUCUCCAGAAGACCCCGGAGCUCAGUUUCUAAUCCGUACUGGAUCUGUUGGCCGAAACAGGGCUGAAGCCUCUUUGGAGCGAGCCCAGAAUCUCAACCCCAUGGUGGAUGUGAAGGUGGACACUGAGAAUAUAGAAAAGAAACCUGAGUCAUUUUUCACUCAGUUCGAUGCUGUUUGUCUGACUUGCUGCUCCAGGGAUGUCAUAGUUAAAGUUGACCAGAUCUGUCACAAAAAUAGCAUCAAGUUUUUUACAGGAGAUGUUUUUGGCUACCAUGGAUACACAUUUGCCAAUCUUGGAGAGCAUGAAUUCGUAGAGGAGAAAACCAAAGUUGCCAAAGUUAGCCAAGGAGUAGAAGAUGGACCUGAUACCAAGAGGGCAAAACUUGAUUCAUCUGAAACAACUAUGGUCAAAAAGAAAGUGGUCUUCUGCUCCGUGAAGGAAGCGCUGGAGGUGGACUGGAGCAGUGAGAAAGCGAAGGCCGCUCUGAAGCGCACAGCUUCGGAUUACUUUCUCCUUCAAGUGCUCCUGAAGUUCCGCACAGAUAAAGGAAGAGAUCCUAGUUCUGAUACCUUUGGGGAAGAUUCUGAGUUGUUGCUCCAGAUACGAAACGAUGUGCUUGACUCCCUGGGUGUUAGUCCUGACCUGCUUCCUGAAGAUUUCGUCAGGUACUGCUUCUCUGAGAUGGCCCCCGUGUGUGCAGUGGUUGGAGGGAUCCUGGCCCAGGAAAUUGUGAAGGCCCUGUCUCAAAGGGACCCUCCUCACAACAACUUCUUCUUUUUUGACGGCAUGAAGGGGAAUGGGAUUGUGGAGUGCCUUGGCCCCAAGUGAACCGAGAUCUGGCGGCCCCGGCGACGCUGGCCUACAGCCUGCCCGCGCCUUCCCGUCCCCUCCCCCCACGAAGGCGGCUCCAGGUGAGGGAAGAGCUGAAGUCUUCGGACCGGUCCAGACCAUCUCCUUCCCAGGAGGAGUUGUGCAGACACGCGACUUGCAAGCGCCAGCAGCUGCGAAAUGCGGGGCGUAGGGACUGGCCGCCCCCGUCCCAGCACCGUCCAGGGCUGUUCACUGGGCAUCGCUUAGGAUCCUCUCACCACCUUCUUGGACUUACUCCCCGCCUGAUGUCAUACAGAGGAGAAGACGAUGACUCCAGGUGGGGAGUAAGGCCGGGCCCCGUGAAACACUAGUGGAGCCACAGUCCCAAAUGCAGACAGGUGCCCUAGAGCGGAAACGACGUGGCAGGCGGGAUGUAUUUCCUCCAGAGUCGGAGAUCCCGAAAAACAACAGGUGCCAUCUGGUGUGCUGUUCUGGAGCUUUAGUUCAGGAUUAGUUGGGUUUCAGCCUGGAUUUUGGAAGAGAGGAAAUGUUACCAAAGUUCCCUCGGGCAUUAGGGCGAGACCUUGCAAAGUGAAUAUUAAUGGGAAAACUUGUAUUAAAAAGGCAGGUGCCGGGGUCCCAGCCCCUGGGGAUUCUGAUUUACUGGGGUCCAAGCUAGGAUGUGAGAGCCCGUCUUCUCGGAGCCCCCACCCCCGAUGCAGCUCAGACCAUCCUGGAGGCUGUUGCUUUCGAGGGCCCCGUCAGUCCUUCCUUUCCCCCCUGAAUUGCAGCUGUUUGUGUGGUUUUUUAUAUUUUCUAUAUUUCCUUGGUUCUUUAAAAAGGAAUGAUAGAAAUAAAGUUAUUUGCUUUAGGA